GAAGAGGGGUUUAGUUUAGUGUACUAGUGUUGGGAAGGAGGAAAGGAAACAAGAAGAGGAGGGGUUUUUGUUUUGGUGAUUGAAUUGGGGAUUUAGGGAUUGUGUACGGUAACAAUGAAUUUCAAGAUGGAUUCCGAUAGAGCGAAGCUGUUCGUAGGAGGCAUUUCUCGCGACACCACCGAAGACGUUCUCAAACUCCACUUCGCCAAGUACGGCGUCGUUUCCGACUCCACAAUAUCCGUAGACCGCACCACCCGAAGCCCUAGAGGUUUUGGCUUUGUCACUUUCUCCGACCUCUCCGCAGCUGAUAAAGCCCUCCAAGACACCCACGUCAUCCUCGGAAGAACGGUAGAAGUGAAAAAAGCGAUUCCCAGGAGUGAACAACAUCAACACCAAAACCAAUUACAGAGUAGAGUGGGUGGUUAUUAUAAUAAUAAUAAUAAUAAUAAUAAUAAUUAUAGUAAUGACUGUAGCAGUGACUACAACGUUAGGACUAAAAAGAUUUUUGUUGGGGGUUUACCUGCUGGUAUAUCUGAGGAGGAGUUUAAGAACUACUUUGAGAGGUUUGGUCGGAUUACCGAUGUCGUGGUGAUGCAGGACAGUGUAACUCACCGGCCCAGGGGAUUUGGGUUUAUCACUUUUGAGUCCGAGGAUUCCGUUCAAAACGUUAUGGUGAAGAGUUUUCAUGACUUGAAUGGUAGACAGGUGGAGGUGAAGAGGGCUGUUCCGAAAGAAGGGAACCAUGGCUAUGAUGGGUUUAGUAAAUUCAGAAAUAAGAGUGAAAGAGGAGUUCCUAAGAGUUUGCCUCCUUAUAGUCCUAGGAAUAUGUUCCCGGGUUUCUCACCUUCGCCGUGGUAUAGUGGUGAUGGAGUAUAUGCAUAUGGGUCUAAUGCGUAUGGUUGCUGGUACCCUGUGGGUGGGUAUGGGGGGAAUGGUUAUGCGGUUUUGUGUGAUGCUCCUAGGAACUUCUGGUAUGGGCCAAUGAUGACUGGUCCUCAGGCAUGUCAGGUGCCUUACACUAGUGCUGUUCCGGAUGUUGUGUAUGUGGGGGGUAGGAUUGGAGUAGUAGGUAGUGGUGCUGGAUCUUGGGGGUACAGUGGCAUUCUUGGACCUGCAACAAAUUUGAAAUUUGAUCAAGCUUUUAAUGCCAAUGGAUUUGUUCCUGGCAAUGUGACAUCACUUCAUGGUGUACAGCAGGAUGUUAUCGACUCGUCAAGUCUUAAAGGAAGCAAUGGUGGAAUUUCUAGUUGACAGACUAAAAGGGUCCUUCAACCUUAAUUCAUGUAGGUAAAUACUUACUGACUGCUUCAAGGGCUGUGAAAGGUUGGCAUAUUCUUUUGCUAGAUGUUGUAAGGGCUAGUCACUCAUUUUAUUUGUUUUAAUUUGUGAAGAUACCUUUUUAUGUGUCAUAAACAUGUAGUUUAGCAACUCUUCAUGUUUAGUUAUGGAUUUUUAUUAGAGGUUUCAUGCAUCUGUAAAAUAAUUCCCAUGCAAAUCCUUCUCUAUUGUUCUUUUAAUAUUUGUUCAGUGUGUGCCAUUUGAUUUUUUUGCUGUAUUUUUCUCCCGCAUCCACUAUCACAUACCAGUGCUUCAUGAGUCCUUUGCACCUUUGUUGAUUGAAAUGAGUAUUUUUGGUUCUUUGUUUGGCUUUUAGGUGAUUAGUUGUUUCCCUUAGAAUGCUGUUAGCUGAUGUGGCUCAUGGUGUUUGUUUGGGUUAUGUUAGUUAUAAAUCAUUUGAUGUUGACGUUGAUAGAUAAAAUUAUAAAUCAACUUUGAUCUGCCA